AGUAAGAGUGGCAGUUGACGCCAUUAAUAAAUUAAGCAAUUUCUACUUUCCUCUACUGUCGCCAUUGCUAGCGACGCGCAAACAAGAAGAACAAGAACACCGAAGAAGAUGAUGAAGAAGACGAACCGCCGGACUAAUGGCUUGCACUAAUCCAACGGCAGAGCCAUCUUCCCCGCACUCACAGCCCAACAAUUUACAGUAGCUUCGGAAAUGCAAGAUCCGGCGUCAAAUCCCGAUUCCUCCAUCUCCAACAAUGCUUCUACUCCCAAUACUCAUCUUCCGCCGCCGCCGCCGCCGCCCUCUUCUACCAGACCCCACCACCGCAGGGCCCACUCCGAACUCACAUUUCGGUUCCCUGAUGACAUCAUGGAUCUCUCUUCCUCUGAUCCCUUCACUGCCGGAUCCGCCGCCCUCGCUUUGGACGAGAUCGGAUCUGAGGACGACCUCUUUUCCACCUACAUUGAUGUAGACAAGCUUGGCCCCGGCACUUCUUCUGCAGAUCACACCGCUAACGCUGAACCUGAGAAGACUCCCAGACCGAGGCAUAGAUAUAGCAACUCUGUUGAUGGUUCCACCUCUACCAGUGUGUUUGGGGAUGUACUGGACGCCAAGAAAGCUAUGCCUCCUGAUAAACUAGCUGAGCUUUGGACUCUUGAUCCCAAGCGCGCCAAGAGGAUUUUGGCCAAUCGACAGUCUGCUUCCCGUUCUAAAGAGAGGAAGGCACGAUACAUGCAGGAGCUCGAGCGCAAAGUUCAGACCCUUCAAACAGAGGCGACAACUCUUUCAGCUCAACUCGCACUGUUCCAGAGGGAUACGACAGGUCUUAGUAGUGAAAAUACAGAACUUAAGCUUCGGUUGCAGGCAAUGGAGCAACAGGCUCAUUUGCGGGAUGCCUUGAAUGAAGCACUAAAGAACGAAGUUGAGAGGCUCAAAGUAGCCACUGGAGAGACAUCAGGCGCCUCCGAUUCCUUCAACUUGGGGGGAAUGCCUCAUAUGCCAUAUUUAGCAUCCAGUUUCUUUCCCCUUCAUCAGCAGCCAGGUUCUGCCGGCACCCACAACAUGCUGCAGAUGCCAUUAUACGGCCAUUCCUCAUCAAACAUGUCAAUACAUCCUCUGCAUCAUCAGCUGAAUUCACAUCAAUUCUCUGAGACCAUGCAGAGUGAUCCACUUGGGCGAUUACAGGGUCUGGAUAUCAGCAGCAAUGGAUCUCCUCUGGUGAAAUCAGAAGUCCCUUCUCUUUCUGCUAGUGAAAGUAGCGCCACAUUUUGAUGCAGACUGGUAGCCGGCUUGCUGACUUGCUCAUGUCCAUGUCCAGUUCAUGAGCUUGGUGUCAAGUGUAUUAUUGUUUAUAGCUCGACUUUUAGAGGCCAUUUGGUGCGCUGGUUCAGAAUCAGAAACACAUAGGGUGGGUUGAUUUGUUGGAAUCCUUGAGUUUGAUUAGUCUGUUCUUUGUUUUGAUUUUUUUAGACUGGUUUUUCUUAUCUCCAUUUUUUGUGACUUGCUAAUUGUUUUUGAAUUGCGUAAACAUUAUUUUGACCUAUGAAUCAUUUGUCCCAACCUUAUUCAAAUCAGAAUUAUACUAUGAAUUAGUAGUUGUUCAAA